UGAUACUGUCAAGCAACGAGAAAAGUUUAUCUAUCUUCUUUUGCAUGUAGUUUUCGUAUUAUUUUUAUUUCACACUUUUGUUGUACUGCCUGCUUGCCGGCUUUAUAUAUUUUUUUAAGAUUUAUUUUUGUUAUUAGAUAUUUAUUGUGAUUCUUUCAUUGUAUAAAUGACCUAAUCAUGCUCAAGCGAGGUAAACUAAACUAAUACAAUUCUUUGAAAAAACUUUCAAAGUUAAUAGUGCCUUGUUUGUUUCGAUAAGUUCCCCGUUAUGAGUGAUUGUGAGAGUUACGUUGACGCUACUCAUCCACGGUUUUUAAAGAAACUCGUAGCUAUGCAUAGUGGUCUCAAGAUAGCUCUAGUCCAGUUGGCAGUGGGCCCCGAUAAAGCUAAGAAUGUUGCUGCUGCAGUACAAGAGAUCCAUAAAGCCAAAGAGAAAGGUGCUCAGCUGGUAGCCCUGCCUGAAUGCUUUAAUUCACCAUAUGGCACAGAAUUUUUCGAGGAGUACGCGGAGGAGGUGCCCGCCGGGGAGACCAGUCGCGCCCUGUCUCGUGCGGCGGCGGAGGCGGGCGUGUGCGUGGUGGGGGGCACCGUGCCCGAGCGGUGCGGCGACCGCCUCUACAACACCUGCGCCGUCUGGGACCCCAGCGGGAAGCUGCUCGCGCAACACAGGAAGUUGCACCUGUUCGACAUAGACAUUCCCAACAAGAUAACAUUCAAGGAGUCUGAUGUAUUGUCACCGGGCGACAAAAUAACUACGUUCGAAUUUAACGGUAUCAAGAUCGGAAUCGGUAUAUGUUAUGAUUUGCGCUUCGGUGAAAUGGCACAUAUCAUGGCACAAGAAGGUUGCGCGCUGCAGAUAUACCCGGGCGCGUUCAACAUGACCACGGGCCCGCUGCACUGGGAGCUGCUGGCGCGCGCGCGCGCGUGCGACACGCAGGCGUGGGUGGCGCUGGUGAGCCCCGCGCGCGCGCCGCCGGGGGCCGCCUACCGCGCGUGGGGGCACUCGCUGCUGGCCGACCCCUGGGCCGCCGUGCCGCACGCGCUGGGGCCCGCGCCCGGCACGCUGCACGCCACCAUCGGUACAUUACUUUCAGUGGGGACGCCGCGCACAGAAGCGGCGUUUUAGCGAGAAAUUUUGAUAAUU